AUUCUGCCCCGCUCAUCGAACCAGAGCCAGUCAUGAUGGAUCCCCGUAUUCUGAUUGGAGAUGCACCACUCGAUGCGGAGCCUGUCGCGCCAGGAUCGGCUACCACACUCCCACAGCUCUUCCAACACAUGGCGAAAACACAGCCUAACAGCAUCGCGUAUUCCGUUCAGACUGGAACCGGCCUUCAUACAACCACCUACGCUGAGGCAGAUGCCAUAGCUGCCUCAUUGGCGACUCGCAUCGCUGCUCUUUCUCACCAUGUCGAAGAUGACAGAGUACCAACAGUGGCAAUUUGGCUAGAGAAAGGUCUCGAGCUCAUCCUUGCUAUUCUUGCCACGACAUAUUCUGGCGCCACAUGGCUACCUCUGGAUCCCGACGUUCCUGCAGAGCGUGCUGCCAUCUGUAUCAUCGACGCUUCGGUCUCCCUGGUCAUUAGUGACAUGGCACACUCUGACAAGCUCCGGGAAGUACAAGAGCGAGUUGCCAUAGCGGAACGAGACGCUGCGACUGGAUGUAUUCGAUAUCAUGGGUUCUCUGAGUUGAUUGACGAAGCACAAACACCACUCGCCUUGAACACACAAAGUACAGCAUUGUCUGGUCCGCGGCCCCACGAUGCAGCCUAUCUCAUAUACACCUCUGGGACCACUGGAACACCAAAAGGCAUCGCCAUUCCCCAUUCUGCGGCGCUGAUAUUCUCUCUCAGCGAGCAAAAAGUCUUGGAAACAAGUCCGCAAGACAUUGUUUGGAAUGGCUUUAGCCCAGCGUUCGACAUGUUCGUUGAAGAGAUGUGGGUCACAAUCGCUGGAGGCGGCCAUCUUGCUAUAGGUACCCGAGCGGAAUGCAGAGAUGUACCAGCCUUGCCUGCUGUCUGGGCAAGUCGCGGAGUCACUCUUGUCAACGCGGUUCCAACUCUGAUCGGUAUCAUGAAUAUCGCGCGGACCGAUGAUGGGGGUUCUCUGCUCCCAUCUCUCGUUCGUCUGAUCAAUCUAGGCGGAGAAGCUUGCCCGCCCGCGUUGGUGAACCGGAUCGCAAGGCCUGGUCUUCGUAUCAUAAACACAUAUGGUCCCACCGAGACCACCGUGACCGCAACUUGGGAUGAGCUUCGACCUGAUGUUCCAGUCACUAUCGGCAAGCCACUACCAGGAUAUCAUGCUUGUCUUCUUCCUGUCUCAGACGACUCUUCAUUGGCGACUUGCGAACCUCUUGAGUGGCGUGAAGGAGUUGAGGGGGAGCUUGCCAUAGGUGGUCCCUGUGUUGGGCUUGGCUACGUUGGACGCCCUGACUUGACGUCUCAAAAAUUCAUCUCUCAUCCUCUGAAAGUUGGCACUGGGGAGAGAUUGUACCGCACCGGAGACCUUGUGAAAACGCAGGCGGACGGGAAGAUAGUAUUUCUUGGACGUAUUGACACGCAAGUGAAGCACCGUGGUUUCCGCAUCGAACUCGGGGAGAUCGAGUCGCGACUGUACGCCGUACCGGAUGUACAAGCUGCAGCUGUUAUAUUGGCCAAUGCCAACUCGGAGUCCGCUCGUCUAGAGGCGUUCGUAGUCCUCAGCGAAGGUGCUGUCCCCGAUACUGUCGCCAUCAGUCAGAUUGCAUUUGAUAGCUUGCCAUCCUAUAUGCGGCCAGAAGGGACGUUCUUCCUUCGGUCGCAUGAGAUGCCUCGACUACCAAGUGGCAAAAUCAAUGCGAAAGCCCUGCAAGGGAUUUCUGCUCGAAUCCAUGCUGAAAGAGCAGAUGCGCAGGCUGCCCGGCACAACGAGGACGACGACAUCGACUCAUUGGGCUCCAUCCUUCCAGCAGAUGGAGUGUUAGGUCUGAUGUUGACCACUUUAUCGCCACUGUUCCCACAAGUUCGCAUCAAGCCUGACAGCGACAUCUUUAACGAUUUAGGCGGUCACUCGCUGAUAGUAGCAAUCUUAGUGUCGCGACUGCGUCAGGCACAGCUUGGUAUGGGCAAUACUCGACCUUUUGCUUCUAUAGGUCUCGCCGACAUUUACGAAGCGAGAACUCCUGCCAACAUCGCGUCUCGUUUUGAUAUCUCCCCGAGGACUAAAAGCCCUUACGUUGACAUCAACGAGGUUGACUCGCUAUACGAUGAUGAGGGUACUGGUCCUUGGACCGGAGAAUACCUACCAAUAUCACAAGCGAAAUUCGUGCUCUGCGGCAUAGCUCAGAUUCUACCGCUGCUUUUCAUCUUCUUCUUGCAGUCGAUCGAGAUUCUGGUUCCUUAUCUGCUCUUCGACUUCCACGCGGUCGCUGGCAGAAUCGGCUUUGCUAUCUUGACAGCCUACGCAGUAUUCGUGGUGAUCCCACCUGCUCUGAGUGUUGUGGCCAUUACAAGCAAAUGGUUGAUUCUUGGAAGAGUGCGACCAGGUGAGCACCCACUAUACGGUGUCUACUAUUUUCGCUGGUGGCUGGUGGAUCGCGUGACCUCAUUGGCAAACCCAAAGUUGAUCGCGGAUUCUGGACUCUACCCCUUCUUUCUACGAGCGAUGGGAGCGAAAGUUGGACGGUUUUGCCAUCUUGGCGCGCUGCAGAUUGGCCCCUGUCACGAUCUUGUCGAGAUAGGAGACGACGUUGUCAUAGGAGGCGAUGUCUUGCUCGGUGUAUCUACCAUCGAGAGGGGAAAAUUGAUCCUUAGGCGAAUCGUCAUCGAGAAUGGUGCAAGUAUUGGAUCUCGUUGCGCGAUUGAAGGUGGCACGACUGUUGGCGAGGAAGCAGAAGUCGCGUCGCUUUCUCUUGUACCUUCUGGCAUGACAAUUCCUAGCUUCCACCGCUUCCAUGGAUCACCUGCACGUCUUGACAGGAUUAAAAACGCAGACGACUCAGCACGACCACAAGACACCAGACCGUCGAAAGCUCGGGCAACAGCCAUGCUUCUUGGGAAUGGGCUCAUCGCGUUUCUGGUGUUGCCACUAUUGUACUUUCUUCCUCAAAUCCCUGGACUGAUUCUAUUCGAUGUACUCGAUAUUCGAACCAUUAGCGGAUGGCAACAGGUUGCAAUUCUCUCGAUUCCAAUUACCUUUGCUUACCAGGUCCUGGUAUUUGCACAGCUAUUGGUCUACCGCCAUCUUUUCCUCGGCCGUCUCAAGGAGGGUUCUUACAGCAUCUACAGCAUGUUCUUCCUUCGUAAAUGGUUCAUCGAUCGAUUGAUGGACCUUGCAUUGGACGUUCUUCACCCGGUCUUCGCUACCCUCUACAUUGUUCCCUUUCUAAGAGCACUCGGAACCAAGAUUGGCAAGCGUGCUGAAAUCUCGACUGCUCGCAAUGUCCCAUUCGAGCUACUGGAAAUUGGUGAAGAAAGCUUCGUUGCCGACGCGGUUAUCAUGGGAGAGGGUGUGGUGAGAAGAAACCAGGUAACACUCAAGAAGACCAAACUCGAACCCCGUGCUUUCGCAGGCAACGCAUCCGUGCUUCCUCAGGGUACAACACUAGCGUCAGGAACCCUACUUGGUGUGCUGUCCAUAGCCCCUCCUGCAGACACGCCCAUGGCAAGCAACAGUUCAUGCUUUGGAUCUCCGCCAGUCCUGAUGCCCAAUCGUCAGCGAGCUGAGGGCCACGAGGACAGUCUCCUCUUCCGACCUUCUGGUGGUCGUAUUGCUGCACGACUGCUUAUCGAAGGUCUCCGCAUCGUGAUACCGCGCGCCAUCAUAAUCUUCGGCCUUGGUUUUGGACUGCAAAUUGCUCACGACGGCUACCACAAGAUUGGUGCAGUUCGCACUCUACUCAUGCUACCACUCUUCUAUCUGUUCCUCUUCGCUUUACCUGCCUUGACGUUCACAGCUCUGAUUAAAUGGAUUCUCAUCGGUCGCUACAAACCAGCCGAGUGGCCUCUUUGGAGUCUUGACGUCUGGCUGAGCGAAGCUGUCACAAGCACCUGGGAGACUCUCACUGAGCCUUUGCUAGCAUCCCAAUUGGUCGGAACGCCUUAUCUAGCCAUGUGUUUCCGCCUCAUGGGCGCUUCCGUUGGCUCACGAGUAACGCUGUUCUCCAGCGACAUUACAGAAUAUGACUGUGUCACUUUUGGCGAUGAGUGUAUUGUCAACCAAAUGUGUGGUGCGCAGACUCAUCUCUUCGAGGACCGCGUUAUGAAGGUUGGCAAUGUAUCUGUUGGACGCCGAGCUUGCCUCAAGACGUUCUCCGUCUGUUUGCCAGGGAGUAGAGUUGAGGAUGGGGCGCAGCUUGGAAGCUUGUCGCUGCUCAUGAAAGGAGAAGUGUUACCACAAGGGACAGCAUGGGAGGGUGCGCCUGUUGUCCCGCGCGCAAGAAGAGCAGGUUCAGGUAAUGCGUCCGGUUCGAGCGGCGACGUGCGACUAUCGGAGCUGUAA